UCUAUAUAGUGAGUUCCAGGACAGCCAGGGCUACAUAGCAAGACCUUGUCUCAAAAAAAAGCAAAGAUCAUCUGUCAUGUCCCACGAAAGGAUCCAAGACUUCACACCCCAUCCCCUCCAUCAUUCCUUGACCUAGUUUCCAAUGAGAAGGUGAAGUCUUGGUAGCAGGGAGUUGGUGCCCCCUCCUGACCCUCUCACAGUGCUCCAAAUGUUGGCGUGCAGUGAACAGCUAAACAAAAAUAAAGGGGUUGGGGCACAUAUCUGCCCCUGCUCAUUAAGUGAUGCCAGUGAUGGAUGAAGGUAUUUCUCCAAGACCAGUCAAGAUAGCUCCUGGAGAAGACAGAGUGCUGCUCCUUAACACAUCGUUACACUGGAAAAUGUAUAACUAGUAAAGGUAUAGGCAGUAUGGUUAUUUCCAUUUUACAAUAGAAGAAAGCAUCACCUGGCCCAGCGCUCUGCACUGCUCUGACCCAUGAGGCAGGUCCGCCUCAUGCCUCUGUGAUAGACCAGGUGCUCCAAAUGGUACCACUCCUCGCUCCCCACUUCCCAUCGUUUUAUCCCCAUUCUGGGCACAGAACUUUUUCCUGGAUACCCAAGUGUGUGCUAUUUGUGAGAGCAGAGAGGUGCAAGCAAGGGUCAGAUGCCUUGAGACGGAGGAGGUGACAGAAUUCCUUUAUGUAGUUCUUCUGCUAGGUGACGCCAAACACCCACGCUGCCAGGAGCAGGACUUUUUGCUCCACUUUAGCCUCAAGGAGAAGCUUUAAGGGUUGAUGUAACGACAUGAUGGCAGAAAGCUGGUGUUGGUGGCCACGGAGGGUCUUGGGAACCACCUUUGCUGUGGGGCAGUGCCACACGCCAGGCUGCACACGAACUGUGGUGGGUUUCUGCCCAAACUCCAGUGAGACCGUGCCCACCCCGUGGCUUUGGGGGCGGAGCCUGCAGAAGGCGGGGCUCGGGGCGGGGCGAGCUCAGCGCCUCUAGCAGGCUCGGCUCCGACUGUAGUUUAAAAGACUGGAAGGCGGGCUUCGCCAACUAGUGCCCGAGUGCCCGAGAAGAGCCCGCUUGGCACAGCCAUGACCCGGCGGGCAGGGGGCUCUCGGCUGCUCCGCAGUCUCCUCCUCUUCGUGUUGUUCACUGCCGGCGUCGCCUCCUUCAAUUGGGAUCUCCCGGAGCCCCGCAGCCGAGCCAGCAAGAUCCGAGUGCACCCCCGGGGCAACCUCUGGGCGACCGGUCACUUCAUGGGCAAGAAGAGUCUGGAGCCCCCAAGUCUGUCGCUGGUGGGGACAGCACCUCCCAACACCCAGAGGGACCAGAGCGUGCAGCUGAGUCAUGAUCUGCUCAGGAUCCUUCUGCUAAAGAAAGCUUUAGGCAUGAACCUCAGUGGUCCAGCUUCCCCAAUUCAGUACAGGAGGCUGCUGCAGCCAGUCCUGAGGAAGUGAUGCCAGUAACAAGACAGACACAGCACCUUGGCUUGGAUGUGUCCGUCCGGGGAAGCUGCUGACUGGAACCCCAGCCGUGGCCCCAUCUGGAUGUAAAUCCUAAGCUCAAACGUGUUACUCCAUUGCUGUGAUUUCUGGUUGGGUCACCAGGAAUGUUGAUGAUGCAGACACAGAGUCUUUCCUGCUGUAUUUCUUGCUUCCCUGGUGAAGUUGUGAAUAAAAAUACUGCUCUUUACACAGAA